UUCUCUAUGAGUUACAGUUACAGGUUAGUUGGUUGGUUUGUUGUUGUUGGUUAGUUUAGUACACAAUCAAAAAUCGGGCUGUUUAAAUAAUAUAAGAUAUAUGGUGAUCGAGAAGUGAAAUAUCUGGAAAUUGAAGUAGCUACAACGAUACAUUGAUUUUAUUGGCCAUUUUUUCUUAAUAACCGCUGUGUAUCAGUAUUAUUUUAGAAAAAACAAUUACCUUCUAUUAACGUGCUUGGCUUUUACAAAACGAUUUGAAAAAAUGGAUGAUGAAUCGGAAACUUACAAAUUGUGGAGAAUUCGUAAAACAGUAAUGCAGCUAUGUCAUGACAGAGGAUAUCUUGUUACUCAAGAUGAAUUGGACCAGACACUUGAACAGUUUAAAGAACAAUUCGGAGAUAAACCAAGUGAGAAGAGACCAUCAAGAGGAGAUCUUAUUGUCUUGGUAGCCCAUAAUGAUGAUCCAACCGAUCAAAUGUUUGUUUUUUUUCCUGAUGAACCAAAAAUUGGUAUCAAAACUAUCAAAACUUAUUGUCAACGUAUGCAAGAUGAAAAUAUACAUAGAGCCAUCAUUGUUGUUCAACAAGGAAUGACCCCUUCAGCUAAGCAGUCAUUGGUAGAUAUGGCGCCAAAGUAUAUAUUAGAGCAAUUUUUAGAAUCCGAGUUAUUGAUUAAUAUCACUGAGCAUGAGUUGGUUCCAGAACAUGUAGUGAUGACACCUGAAGAAAAACAAGAACUAUUGGCCAGGUAUAAACUGAAAGAAAACAUGCUGAUGAGAAUUCAGGCAGGUGAUCCUGUUGCUAGAUACUUUGGAUUGAAAAGAGGACAGGUUGUGAAAAUUAUUAGGUCCUCAGCCACUGCUGGUCGAUAUAUCUCUUAUAGACUUGUUUGUUGAUUGCUUCAAUGAUGGAUUAUUCUUAUAAUUUGAAUAAAAUCAUGUAAUUAUUUUCAUAAUAGAGUAGAGAAAAGUUAUUGACAGUUUAUCCGAAUAAUUUUUGUUGUAAUUAUUUUCGUCGCCCUUACCUAGUCAUAAUUCAGUUUCAACUGUUAUUUCGAUGGUUGUUUCAAUUUUCAGAGGUGAGAUGUAACAAAAAUUGAGUACAAUAAAAUGAGAACAGUAAAAA